CAGGCUGUCGCGAUGUCGUUGCCGUUAUUUCAACAGCUUGUUGAUGAUCUCGCGCCGUUCAUGCCCCUAAGGCUGAGAUCUACAGGGAUCUCUGCAGAGCUCAAAGUAAGUACCUUCUUUGCAAAUGUGAGUACUUAAAGCGAAUCCGUCCGUUUUUUAAAUGUUACUUUUAAUAUUAUAGAUCAUGGCUGCCUUAGACUUUUACGCCGGGGGCAGCUACCAGAGGCGGGUUGGAAAAGAUUAUAAUUUAGGGCUCUGCCAGACUGCUGUCCACAAGUGUGUGGCUGAAGUCACAGAUGCCUUAAAUGAACCAGCAAUUCUCCAACGGCACAUCGCCUUCCCUGGUAACCGUGAGGAGAGAAUGGCGGUUAUGAGAGGAUUCAUGGAUGUGCUUCCCCGGUGUUGUGGGCUGUAUUGA